GCCGGUGCAAAGGGGAAACAGCAUGUAUGCUAUGGCACCGAAUGUGGACGUGUUUUCAGUUUUGUGCAAGAAAACUACAAAACUCUGAAACACUUUAACCCCAAUCGUACGAAAAAGAACUCUCACCUGUAAUUAUUUCAAUUUCAAACACACAAACAACAUGAAAUAAUAAGGCUCAUUUUUAGCUAUGCGGUUCCAUCCCACCAUCACCAUCAUUUCUCAGCCUUUUUUAUUUCUUAAGAAAUGGGUUCGAGUAGUAGUAGACCGGGGCCACUCUCAACACGGGCCCGACUGAACCGAAGGUCGUCCAGAUGGUUCUGCGGUAUGGAUAUGGAGCAAUUCCUUAGUGUUGACAUAGGGUAUAAACAAAUCUAGGCAGUAGGCACUUCUCUCAUUCAAGAAGCAAGAUGUGGUGAGGUGGCAGUAUUCAUUUUCUGUUAUAUUUCUAGUCUUGAUCAAUGUGCAAUUUUUUUAAUGUUUCGUGAAGUCUAUUUAAGGAUGCUACUAUUCAAAUGUUGUGGCUACAUUUUACAGAAGAGACUGAUACGCAUGCCAUCCUUUUCCAAUAGAUGGAAGACUAUCCAGAUGAAAGUCUGGUGAAUUCUCUGGAUCAGUGUGGCCCAUUCAUCAAUGAGGUACAGAAUUCUGCUGAGGAAUCAUCUGUGGUUUCUAGUAUGGUAACAGGGUCUAGUAGCUCGGAUACUGAAACUGGAGGAUCAUCUGGAAACAGUAUAACAGCUAGUGAGGGAACUUUUGUGAAUGAUGGUUAUAGAAAUCUUGACAUAAGCUGUCAAGGGAAAUGCCUAUCUGACAGCAAGGAGUUAGUUGGCCUGGAUCAGGGAAGUGAUAGUCAUAGUCAUGAUGAAUCGGGUAGGAAUGGAAGUAUUACUGAAGCAAGUACUUCAUUUAAAGAACAGCAAUCAUCAGAUCCUGUAUCUAUGAAUGUUUCAACUAACAUGGAUGCUGUCAAUGGCAUUGACAAUUCAGAGAACAAGGGUUUUUCUCAGAUCUAUCCUGAUAUUAUACAUCCAAGCAGUUCAGAUCCUUCGAGGCUUGGAGAUUCACAUUCUAAUGAUGCCUCUUUUGACAACCAUAUGGGUGAAGUAACAGACAUACCUAAUUCCGAUUCUGAUUCUGUAACUCAUAGGCCUGAUGUUCGAGUAACCUUUCACCCAACGCAAGAUGAGUCUAUCCAAGAUUCAGUAUCUUCAAAUUUAGGAUUUCUUGUGCCCAAUAGGGAACAAGACCGGACAGAUGGAAGUGUACUCCAUGUCGAUGUUGUGAGUAUCUCUUCCAGCAUUUAUUCUAGCAGCACUUCAGAUACAAGCAAUCAUGAAGCCAGAAGGAAUAGCAGAAGACUUUUUUGGGAUGCAUUUUCAAGGCGCAGUUCUAGGAGGCAUGUUGAUUCUCCGACUACUGUUUUCUCGACAGAUAAUAAUGAUGAUCUUGAAUCCCAUGACAGAUGGCUUCUUAAUUUCAGUGGUGAUUUUUUCAACGAUGGGAUAGACAAUGAUUCUAGAUACUUGGACAGGAGAAUUCACAGAUUGAAUGAACGAAGACGACACUCAAGAUCUGAGAUAUGGGAAAGACUUCAUGGUGGCCUUGAUGAGAAUAGUCGACGAACUACCUCUUGUCCUUCUGGACUCCACCCUGACGGUACAUGCUCGUGUGAAUCAAUCUUGAUGACUGAGGAGUUGAAUGCUCAUCGAAGUAUAUCACGAAUAGUCAUGCUUGCUGAAGCUCUGUUUGAGCUGCAGGUUUUGGAUGAAAUUCAUCAUCACCCUGUGUCGCUCUCUCUAUCCAUGAUGUCGCUCCCUGCCCCUGAAUCCAUCGUUGAUUCUUUCCCUCUUAAGAAUCACAAAAAAGUUGACAAAGUUGAGGGCAAUGAUGAGGAUGAACAGUGUUACAUUUGCCUGGCCGAGUACGAGGAAGGUGACAAAAUAAGAGUUCUUCCCUGCCACCAUGAAUAUCACAUGGCUUGUGUGGAUAAAUGGCUUAAAGAAAUACAUGGGGUGUGCCCGCUUUGUCGAGGAGAUGUUCGUGAGGUUGCCAACGAGCCUUCAAUCCCGAAUCCGGAAAUUCCUUCUACUUGAUAGAAUAGCACAUAUAAUUGUAUAUACAAACCUUUUAUUACCUUAUAUAAAUUCCAUCUCUUGUAUUAUAUCCCCUGAAGUUUGAAUUCUAUAGAUCUUACAGGUCGGUGACCUUUACUGUAAUUAAAUUUAAUUAUAAUAUUUAAUUUAUUUUAAAUUUAAUUGAUAAAUAAGUUCAAUA